ACCCGCUAGUACUGCUGUGCUACAUUGCCUCACCAGUCAGUGACGAAUAGACAUGCUGAACCGCCAGUGUUGGUAGAAUCCUGCACAUGUUUCUCCUGAGUUUAUGGAAGAGUACUGAGUUAUGACGGGGCGUAUGUUUAAAACCGAACCAGUCUUUGGUAAUUAGCUAAGUCGCAGAAAUCACAGCAUUAGAAAAUCAGUUGAAGAGAAAUAGUUGAGCCUGACCGAGUGUGGCGAUGGCAACUCCCCGGCGGCCGAUAAAAGGCAUCCUGAAAAACAAGAACAGCGGGACAGAAAUCAAAUCGCUGCCAGAAGACGUACCAGGAGACAGUCCUGAACAAGCCCCUGUGCUCUCGGAAGAUGACCCACAGAAGAAAUCCCAGAAAUGGGAUGAGAUGAACAUCCUGGCCACGUACCAUCCGGCUGACAAAGACUAUGGCCUGAUGAAGAUAGAUGAACCCAGCACACCUUACAACAGGAUGGUGGGGGAAGACGAAGAUGAAGGGGCGCUGAGUGACUCGGACGGCCACAGUGGACUCGCAGCUGAUGACCUGGCUUCAAAGCUGGUGGCAGCCGAGGGCUCAGAGCCUCGCUUCAUGAAGGAAGAAGAAGAAGACGAAGAGAGCAGUGAGGAGGAGGCCGAGGACCUGACUCCUGAAGAACAAGCCAAAAAGACGCAUUUUCAGAUGAUGCGAAAGAUGCACUACAACGAGGGCCUGAACAUCAAGCUGGCCCGCCAGCUCAUUGCCAGCGAGCUAGAAGAAGACGAGGAUGAAGACGAAGAGAUGAGGGACGACACAGAAGAGGCGAGGGAGGACACAGAGGAGACGGAGGAGAUCAGUGUUGACCCGCCACAGGAAGCUGAUUCUCUGGACUCGUAGAGGAGGCUUCUCUCCCACCUUCAGCCCUGUAUGUCGGCUCCAGAUCCAGACAGACAAUGCCACUGCACUCUGUGAUUUUAACGCUGGGCCGUACAGCAGACACCGCUUCACCACCGCUAUAACAAACCCCAACAGCCAUAACCUCCCGGUCACCUGUCUGUCUUCUACUGUUCAUCAGAACUGUGCAAUAUAACCUCCAAACCCUCUGGAUUUUAACUCCCAGAAUCAGUUCGACACACAAGAGAAGACUGUUGCUCCCUUCUCCCCGCUCCUGUUGCCAAGAAUUUCCUCUCCUACCUCCUCUGGACUGGCAUCGCACUGAAGAAUUUGUCAUUCUGACCCUGAAAGGAGGAUCAAGGCCAUCUAAAAAAAAAAAUAAAAAAAGAAAAAUAAAAAAACGGUUGGAUACCAGGACUCGCGUCUGGCCACUCCACAGUCCUUCUGCAGGCCACAGAGCCAGUACGUCAGCCCUGGAGGAAGCCAGGGGAAACCCCACGGCCUCGAUGAAGGCGUGUCUGAGACAUGACGACAGCCCUCAUGCUGGGUGCACGUCAGGCGGCUUCUAUUUUUGUUUUGCUUUGUGACCCACCACUAUGUUGCAUUUUCUGUCGCCCUUCAGUACAUGUUGUGGUAAAGUUGGACACCGUGAUGACCAGUUAGGUUGUUGUCUUUGUUUUACCUGGUAAUUCAGGUAAACUAUUCAUAUUGGCAUAAGAGUGUUCUGAUCAUUUAGGCGCCAUGUAUUAGUCUCUAAUAGUACAAGACAACAUGACCUACAUAAUCCAAAUUUCAUUAUAAGAAAAACCCAUCCAAAUUUGAUACCAUACAACCAACCAUACAUACUAUUAAUUGACACAUGUAUGCUGUGGUGUCUCACUUUGAUGCUUGCAAUCAACUGUAUGGCUUUCUGCUUCCGAUCAAGUAAAACAACACACAUAUAUAUAUAUAUACUGGCAUAGAACUUCUUAUUUACGUUCUCUCAUUACAAACAAGAACAUGAACCCCAAACGUCAUUUAAAAUACUGGCAAUUGAAAAAAACAUAUAUACCUCAUAGAACCAGACUGUUUUCAAUAAAAACUCAGCAUUUAAAUUGAUUGGCGGAAGGAAAGAUGGCAGGACAAGCUGGUAAUAAACAUUUCACAAUGUUCAGUCAAGACUGAGUCGGGCCCCUUUGUUUUUCCUGGCCAUAGCAGUAAGGUAAGGAAAUUGGCAUUUAACACAUUUUAUCUUUUUAAGAUGGAAGGAGAGAUGAUGUCGAAGUCCCACAUCAGAGUUCCAGCAUUUGCCACUGAUUAAACAGGACAUUGUCCCAUCUUUACCGAGUUACAGCUUUAAGCAACAGGCUCUUAUGUAGAUCUGACAAAGAAGCUUCACAAGGCAGUUUGUGAGUAAAUUAUUUUGGGGAAGGUACAAUCAUCUAGUUUGUGUUAUGUUUCACAGGUCUUCAUUACACUUGUAUUUAAUGUUGUCGGAUCUACUUAAGUGUCUUGUACGAUGCAGCGUGGGAAUGUCAAAGAAAGUUAUUGAUGCUACUGACUUUAGUUAACGCAGAUGUUGGCAGUGAAGUUGACCACUAGGGCUUAUUUGAGGUGUUUUUUAAAGAUUUUUGUAAUGUCUGGGGUUUCUACAAGUGUCAGUAAAGUUACUAACGAGUCUUAAAAAAAAUUGUUAGAUUUGACAAAAGUAUUAUGGGAAAAAGACAAUGAUCCUGGUGCGACCUAAAUUGCACUCCUAAAAUAAAUGACUGUAUUCUGAGCUACACACUGUAUGACUUCACUAGACAGUCGAAUGAAGAACCCAACGGUCUGAGAGAAAAGUAUGUAGGAACCCGGAGUACGUCUUGUGUUGUGGUCUCUUAAUUUUCUUCUGACCCUUUAAUUCUUCACUGUGAUUGAAAAGGUUGAGCUCUGUAUUAUGGAAAUACAAAAGAUCAUAGACAAACAAUAUGACUUCUGCAAUCUCUUUGUAGUUUUUGUUCUUGUAGUUUUAGUAUUUGAUGGUGUUUUUUUUUCUCCGUGAUAGAGGUUAAAGUAACUUCCUUUCAGCCAUUUCCACCAACCAACAAGCUCAUACCAAGCAAUGUUUUAUUGCACGACUAUUGUAGAGAAACAGGAAUAUGUCUGGAAAUACAGAUUUUGACGAUACAGUUGUCUUCUAUUGUGUCCACUGAAUUUGUGAACAGAUAGAAAAGACAAUUGCAGAGAAGCUGAGAUGAUUUGUUUAUGUUCUCGCUAAAGACCGAAGGACCAAAUCGUCCAAAACAUGACUGACAUGAUCACCCCGUAGGUGGUCAUUAACUGUCGAAUGUGCCUCUUAUGUAUUUAUGUACAUGUGUGUAAAAUGAACAGGCUAGGUUCCGUGUUACGGUUUCUUUUGCCUCACGUGUCCACUGUCUCGCUUUUUGUUAUUGCACCACGUCUGCCCUGUUUGGUUUGUUUUCUAAGGAUGACAGACUGUUGAACACUGUCUGUCUCAAAAAUGACAUGGAUGUUAAAUCCAUGCGUUUUUGUAUUUCCAGUUUGCAUGUCUUUUAAUCAUCAGAUUGUAUGUUCAUUUUUGGUUUUGUCUCCUAUCAUUAAACAGAAGUUGUUAGAAACGAUUAA